AUGAAAUUUUUAAAUAGUGUCCCCAAUUUAACUCAAAACGUCAUCAAAAUCCGUUCAUCCUUUGUCGAGUUACGUAAUUCGAGUAAAUUUGUUGAAAAAAGCUCUUCAAAUUUACUGCGAAAUGUAUCGCGAAGGAGUUUUUCUAGUCACGCAUUUCUUUCAACGAGGAAUACUCGUAGAAUUGUAAGCAUCCCGCAGAACACGGCUUACAUUUUUCAAUCAGGUGACCAUCUAAAUAGACGUCUGCCUAAUUUUCGCUUCCUUUCAUCUAAAAAUCCGGACGAUCAAUCAUCUUCGUCGUCCUCCUCGUCUUCAAAUACCAGCAGUACUAGUAGUGGUAGCAGCAACGACGGCGACGGUGGCGACGAUCAACAUGGGCAAAACGUCGACUACGGCCCUCAUAUGACGGCUUUGUCCCCGAUGACAGUUCCGGAGGAAUGGCCCCAAGUGCCGGUUAUUGCCGUCAGGAGGACCCCACUCUUUCCCAGAUUUAUAAAAUUGAUUGAGGUGCUUUACAAAACACUAAUUGAACUUUUGAGGAGAAAGGUAAGACUGAACCAACCAUAUGCUGGUGUGUUUCUAAAGAAAGAUGAUGAAAAUGAAUCAGAAGUAGUGACCAACUUGGACGACGUUUACUCUGUGGGGACGUUUGUUCAGAUACAUGAGAUGCAAGACCUCGGAGAUAAACUGAGGAUGAUCGUCAUGGGUCAUCGAAGGUUACUGAUGAUGAUUAUUAUCCUAGUUAUAUAUUCCGUUGAAAACGAAACCGAAACUGACUCCGGGGUAUCAUCACCAUCAUCAUCAUCGUCAUCGUCAUCUUCGUUUGGGGGUUUCGAAGCAUCGUUAUCAACACCGUCUCCGCUAGCCAUUGAUAAAGUUUUGAUAGUCGGAAUUGAGAAUGUGACGCAUGAAUCCUUUAAGAUUAAUGAAGAAAUGAAGGCUUUAACAGCAGAGGUAGUAAAGACAAUAAGAGAUAUAAUAUCAAUGAAUCCUUUGUACAGGGAAACUGUUGCACAAAUGUUGCAAGGUGGUCAGAGGGUGGUUGACAAUCCCAUCUACCUCAGCGAUCUCGGAGCCGCCAUAACUGGAGCGGAUUCAUAUGAAUUGCAAGAAGUCUUAGAAGAACAAAAUAUCCACAAAAGGCUGAUGUUGUCGUUGGCGUUGCUAAAGAAGGAAUAUGAACUCAGUAAGCUUCAACAGAAGAUAGGAAAGGAGGUUGAAGAGAAAGUGAAGCAGCAGCACAGGAAGUACAUGCUAAUGGAGCAGCUGAAGGUCAUUAAGAAGGAGCUGGGGAUGGAGAAGGAGGACAAAGAUGCUGUCGUCGAUAAGUUUAGGGAAAAACUAAAAGACUUGAAAGUUCCGGCCCACGUGAUGGAGGUGGUUGAUGAGGAGCUUAAUAAAUUAUCAUUCCUCGAUCCGCAUUCAUCCGAAUUUAACGUUACGAGAAAUUAUUUAGACUGGCUAACUAGCUUACCAUGGGGCAAAUGUAGCAUGGAGAAUUUAGAGAUAGAGAGGGCGAGAAACAUACUGGAAGAAGAUCAUUACGGCAUGGAUGACGUCAAAAAAAGAAUACUGGAGUUCAUUGCCGUCAGCCAAUUAAAAGGCUCCACACAGGGUAAGAUAUUAUGCUUCUACGGACCGCCUGGUGUUGGAAAGACGAGCAUCGCUAAAUCAAUCGCCAAGGCUCUCAAUAGAGAGUACUACAGAUUUAGCGUGGGCGGUAUGACAGAUGUGGCCGACAUAAAGGGUCAUAGACGAACGUAUGUUGGAGCCAUGCCAGGCAAAAUUAUACAGUGCCUGAAAAAGACGAAAACUGAAAAUCCUCUCGUGCUGAUAGAUGAGGUCGACAAAAUGGGGCGGGGCUACCAGGGUGACCCGGCCUCCGCCCUCUUGGAGCUACUGGACCCCGAACAAAAUUCCAACUUUCUCGAUCACUAUCUCGAUGUCAAUGUCGAUCUGUCAAAGGUUAUUUUUUAUUUCUUUAUUUUUCCAUUCUUCCUCUCUUUCUUCCUUCCUUUCUUUCUUCCUUUCAUUCUCUUUUCUCUCUUUCUUUUAAUCUUCUCAUUGAUGUUCCAGUAUAUUUUAGUGCGUUUAUCAAUCCAUCUUUUUAGAUCUCUCUCUCUCUCUCUCUCUCUCUCUCUCUCUCUCUCUCUCUCUCUCUCUCUCUCUCUCUCUCUCUUUUUCUCUCUUUCUCUCUCUCUCUCUCCUUCUCUCUCUUUCUUCAUCUUCCGGAAAGCUGCCUACCAGCUGGUUCAAAGAGAGCGCGAGUUAAUUGAGAUAGACGACAGCAACUUGCAGACGUUCGUCGGCAAGCCAGUGUUCAACAGUGAUAGGUUGUAUAAAGACACGCCCGUGGGCGUGGUUAUGGGGCUUGCCUGGACGGCCAUGGGUGGCUCCACGUUAUACAUAGAAUCAAGAUUCAAACAUCCGACCAAUCAGAGAAGGCCUAAAAGAGGUAAACACGGCAGUCUGCAGUUAACAGGGCAUCUUGGGGACGUGAUGAAGGAGAGCGGGCAGAUUGCUUACACGGUUGCUAAGUCCGUAAUCAAUAGUGUAGAUGCCUCUAACAGGAAAUUAUCCGAAGGUCACGUGCAUAUCCACGUACCGGAAGGGGCCACUCCGAAAGACGGGCCCAGCGCGGGCUGCACUUUAGUAACGGCCCUGAUCUCUCUGGCUCUCGAUCGGCCAAUUAGGCAGAACGUCGCCAUGACGGGGGAGGUUUCACUAACAGGCAAAAUUCUUCCUGUUGGCGGAAUAAAGGAGAAAAUAAUUGCCGCAAAAAGAGCCGGUGUUGAUUGCAUCUUACUUCCGGCCGAGAAUCAAAAAGAUUUUUCCGACCUACCUAACUUCAUCGUUGACGGGCUGGAGGUACAUUUCGUAGGCCACUACAGGGAUGUGUUUAAAAUCGUAUUUCCGGAUUUGAGUGACAAGGCCGGAUUGAUUGAAUGA